UUUCAGACUUCUCAUCUACUCACAAAGCGAAUUAAGUGACCACACACUUCUUCAAAUUAGUGUCUAAACUGGAAUGCAACAAGUUACUUAUGAAAAUAUUUGUUUUUUCGAAAUGUUUGAUGACCUAAAUACUUGAGAACAGGAUCUGUGUCGAGAUUAUAAAAAGGUCCUAUGGAAAUUCAAUUUAUGCAAUAAUAUUUCACAGUUAAAACAGUUGAAAUUUGGUUUUCUAAGUUCAAAAUGGCUGCUUCUUCCAUUUCCAACCGACUUAUUCUAACAUUAUUGCUUGUUGGCUGUGUGACUGCUGCUGGUCUGACUAGAAAACGACGGGCUGACAACAGUUAUGGUGAUGAAGCUGUGACACCGGCUGGCGGAGGUGCACGCGUGGCUUCGAUGGCCGUAGAGGAAGCACCGGCGACCGUGGCCCCAGAAGGCGCUGGAGCACAAUCGAACGUCGAAAGCUCUGGAUAUCGGAAGAAGCGAGCCAGUCAAAACGGGUAUGGAGAUGAAGCUCCAGUUGGCGGAGGAGCACAGGUCGUUGAAGUGUCUGAAGCGCCUGCUGUGACUGUGGAAAACUCGGGAGGAUCCAAGACUGCUGUCGAAUCCAGUGGUUACUGAUUUCUGAUUCAAUUAAAUUGUGUGUUCUCAAUGAUAAAGGUUUUCCGUCCA